AUGCGACUACGGCCGGUUUUCAUCCUCAACGAGGGAUUCUGCCGCGCGCACGACCUCCCGCACAAGCGAAUUCUUCGCCCCCCGCUGUUUAGAAAGGCGGCGGAAGCGGUGAACUACUCCAAGCUUGCCAUCCGCUACACGACUUUCAUGACCAAAGACAUGGUCUACGGCGCCCUGCGAGAAGUCUUUCGAGGGAUAGGAGAUGCGAUGUCAUCGGGAGGUCAGGUAAGCGUGGUGUUUUCCUUCGGCACUCUCGAGGUCAAGGAAAGAAAGUUCCAGUUCACGUUCGACUGCGCGGCCCUCUGUCGGAACGGGAGCACCACCACGCGUACGGACACCUCAAGCAGCUGCGGUGGAGAGCGCGGGGAGCGGGAGGAGUGGGACGGGCUUUCUACCGGCAGAUCCAGAUCAUCCUCGGGGCUAUCGCCGCGACGCCCUGCUGGGAGCGGGUUAGGAGCCCGCAACUGCAGCGACGACGGCCAUCACCAUUAUAACGACGACGAUCCCAGGAAUGCCGAACCACCACCUGGUACACCUUGCACGGGUAUCUCGGAGCGGGAUGGUUGGAACCAGCCGCCAACCGACGAUGAUGGAGGAGGUGGUGGCCGCUGCCCUGGGGAGGGAGUGCUCGGCAAGGAGUUCGAUGAGGAGGUUGAGAGGCAGAGAGCCCAGGAGGUUGCGGCGGAGAGGGGAAGGAAGCGUGGGUCCGGCAAGAGGUGCAAAACGCGCGAGAAGGUUUGGGAAUCCGCUUUCCGAGACCAUGUGACUGCACUGGAGGGUCUAGCCGAGGAUGACAUGAUCGAAGACCGGCGUGCGCUGGAGGUGGAAAGCAAGAGGAACGGAGAUAAGCCACUAACAUUCAGCGCUCGCAGAGAUCGGGCCAGCACGGUUAACGAGAAGUACCGAGGCACGGCGUGGCGUGCCCCGGACUGGGGCCCGCGGAGAGCUCGCGCGAGCAACCUUACUCGCGACGAGCUCCUAGGCUGCUUGCAGCUGGACCGGGACUACGAUGCCAAGGAAGCGCGGAAAAAGGCCGAGAGGGAGGUGGCCCAGAUGGAGCUCAAGCGAAGCUGGGAGCUGAGCCAAAGCAUCAUCGACCAAGACGGGAAAAAUGACGCUCCGGAAGGGAGAGCUCGGACUGGUUGGACGGAAGCAGGACCCAGAGCAAUCACGGGGCCGUCGAAGCUGUACAUGAAGGGGGUGUGCAGGUAUCGCCCGUGGGUGGAUGCGGGCGAGAGAGGACGGCGAGUCAACGGCAACGACAGCCGUGGCGGUGGCGGUGGAAAUGAUCGACCAGAAGCCGAAGAUGGGGAUUGUAGGCGACCUUCAACGACGCUCUCGGAGGCACCUUCAUCGGUCGGUUUCGACUCUAGGCUUUCCGCACGACGUGUACACUAG